AUGAAAGAUUAUACAAUUGUCGUUUUAGGAUGUGGUGUUAUGGGUACUGCUGUUACUUCCGCUAUUUUAAAAUCAAAAUUUGAUCCAUAUCCAGCAAAGAUUAUUGCAUGUACAAUUCCAUCAGAAGAAGAAAACUUAAAGAAAGUAUUUGCCGGUAAUGACAUAGUUGAAAUAUCAGCUGGUUCAGAAAGAAAUAAUCAAGCUGUUGCAAAAGCCGAUAUUAUCAUAUUAGGUUGUAAACCAUUUAUGUAUGAAACUAUUUAUAAUGAAGUUAAACAAUCAUUAACUGGUAAACAAUUAUUAAUUUCUUUAUUAGCCGGUACCACCAUUAAAGAAUUAUCAAUCUUCACUCCAUAUGUUGCUAAAGUUAUGACCAAUACUCCUGCUAGAUUUGGAUGUGGUACUGCAGCAAUUGCUUUCGCUUCAGAAGUUACUGAAGAACAACAAGAAUUAGUAAUGAAACUUAUUGAUACCGUUGGUAUGACAGUUAAGAUUCCAGAAAAGAAUAUGGAUAUUGCCACAUCAUUGAUUGGAUCAGGUCCAGCUUUCUGUUUAUUAAUGAUGGAAUCAAUGAUUGAUGGAGCUGUUAGAAUGGGUAUGCCAUAUGAUAUUGCUCAAAAAUCGGCUGCAAAAGUUAUGGAAGGUACUGCUAAAAUGGUACUUGAAACUGGUGAACAUCCAGCUGCUUUGAAAGCUAAAGUUUGUACUCCAGGUGGUACUACUAUUGGAGGUUUGUUAAAGAUGGAAGAUAAGGGUGUUAGAAGUGCAAUUGCAAGAGGUGUUGAAGAGGCUGCUGUUAUUUCAGCUUCAUUUGCUAAAAAGUAA